UUGAUAUAAUUACAUUGGAGGUAGACGAUUCUCCAGUUAUUCAAAAACACAGAAAUUAAAGCAACCUAACUUUAAUAACAUAUUAUUCAGCAUAGAAUGAACUAUGUAGAGCUAGGUAGUAUGAACGAUGAGCUGAGAUCUGAGUAUGGAUUAGCAAAUUCUCUUCACGAGCUACCCCACCUGAAUCUGUCACUACAAGACAUCGUCCACAAGAACUUCAACUUCUCUAAUGAUCAGUAUAUCCAGAGUUUAGAGGUUUACAGUUUAUCGGGUGUGGUAUUCGGCGUGGCUCUCUUCAUUACUUUUGGAUUUAUACAGUGUUGUUUGGGGUGUAGAAGAUGUGGUGGGUACAGUAUCUCCUACAGGAUGAAGCAAUACGACCCCAUCCUAACAACCUUUCUGUUCUGCUGCUCUCUCGCGGUCAUGGCAACAACAACUGUGUCACUGUACUAUGGAGUGGGUAAAGUACAAGGAGAUGUCAGUAGAAUGUCGGUCUUUAUCAAAGACAUCUCACUUACUAUUGAUCAGUACGAUAAAGUGAUGUCGGAUAUGCAGAAGCACAUAAUAUCACUGAAGAACAAUACAAAAGACCUCCCGAGAAGUAGCUACAUAUCGACCAAACUAUUGGAUAUCGAGAAAGAGAUAGAGCGGGAUAAGAUACCCGACUUUGACGACGAUAUUAAACGACUUAUUAAAUAUAACCGGGCCAGAGAAUUGGUUACACUAGCACUGUUAAUGUUACAGAUGUUCUGCUGUGCCACCCUGCUCAUUGGUAUAUGUUACGGGAGAGUUUUCGUUCUUCACUGCUCAUUGGUGAUGCUAACCCUCUGUAUGUUUUUCUUGUCUGCAUCUAUCGGCAUUUAUCUAUCUGGGGCUGUGGCAUCUGCUGAUAUAUGUGUUGAACACACAGAGUUUAUGAGAUACAUUAUUGAUGUGGAAGAAUUGGCUGAGGAUGUUGUGAAACUUUUCUUACGCUGCAAGGAGGAUGGUAGCACGGGACUAAAAUCGCUAGAUCUCGUCAGUGGUCUCCUCAGUUUUCUCGACCACAUUCCGGGGCCUGUUCAGUUGGUUCCGCCUCAAGUAAAAGACACGUUGAUAGAUCUAACGAGCGAUAUGAACAAUAUUCAACACAUCAUGGCAUGCCAGCAGCUAACCAAGAUUUUGAAAAGUUUUGUUCAGGAUUACAAAGGAAUAACUGACAUACUUUGCAAGCCGUUCCUGUGGAACAUGUCUAUGUAUUGCUUGGUAACAUGUAUAAGUGUAUUUCUAGUGUGGAUCGUUAUCAACCAGCUCAAACCCUACGCUGAUAGAGUCGAGGAGUGGUUGAAGGUCGAGUGUAUACUUGACAAGAACAUAACGAUGACUCCAGAUGCAGAUGAGAAUGAUCAUCUCAUAACAGACACCUCCUACCCACCUCCUUACAGACCAAAUUAUGGCUCGUUAAGCUAUAGUCCUGCAACAGGAUAUAGUAAAAGCUUCAGUAAAAGCGAAGAUUUGGACCCUCUGCUACAAUCCAUGGAAAGCAUUGCUAAUAGGCGAUAUGUUCAAGAGUGGUUCCAGUACGGUUUGCUUAGCAGAGGCAAGCGUGCCGGUUGAGCGUAUAGAUUAUAUCCUGAGUAAUGACCACUCCAUUUACCAGUCACUGUUGAGCAGCCCCUCCCCUUUCUUGUCCCGACUCCAUCAAAAGGAUAUGGAGGGUUACUCUAUAGAGGGCUACUAAACUUAUCCAGACUUGACCAGAAUCCAUCUGAAGGAUACAGAGGCAUAUUAAAAUUUAGUGAAGAUAAACUGUCCUGUUACAUAGUAAAAGUAAUCAAAACCAUCGUUAUUUAAACGGCUCAACGACUAAACUCAGAUAUUUAACCUUUCUACGCAAUCAAUAUUUUAUUUACACAGGACCAUAUGGAACUGGUACUUGAUUGUGCCUCGUGAUAGUUUAAUGUAAAUUAAUUAUUUUAGUGUGUUUAUAAUUAUAUGUGGAUGUGCUCCGCCCUCUGUAGGCUGUAAAUUAUUUUUACUUUCUUUCAACCAGUUUUAUGUUUUAUUUUUGUACAAAAUUGUUGUCGUAAUUUUCAUUUUUAAGUAAGGGACUCGUUCAGUGUUAUCAUCAUUAAUUGAUAAACAGUUUAUAUAAUCAUUUCUGUACUCUUGUGUAGAAGUUUUUACCGAUUUUUAUCUCAAC